UGGAGGAGGCAGCUGGAGGCUGAGGCGCAGCUGGAGGAGCUGAGGAAGAGGAGAGAGGAGCGACAAAGGGCCCGUGAGGAAGACGAGCGGAGGAGAGAGGAAGAAAAGCGCCAACAGCUGAUACAGGAGGAGGAGAACAGGAGGCAAAUGAAGGCUGAGAUAGAGAGGAGGCGGAUGGAAGCGGCAGAGAGGAUGAAGAACCUCAGCAUCAAUGAGGGGGAGGAGCCUUUCAGCCCAGUCAUCCCCAAGAGCCCCACCUUCAAGAAUGAGACAGAGGAGAGGGUGACUGCAGAAAACACAAGCUCGAUUAUUGAAAGGACAGAAUCCUUGAACCGGUCCCUGAAGAAAAAUGUGAAGACGCUGCCCACGUUCCAUGUCUCCACGAUCGAUGACAGACUGAAGCAGUACACUCACGCCCUUGAGACGUCAUCCAGAGAGGGCCGGCACACUCUGACUGACCUGCCCCGCUCCCCGGAACCUGUGGCCUCAAAGAAGAGCCUGUUUGAGGCUGGGGAUGCCUGGAGCCAGGGCACCACCAAGAACCAACAGCACAAGGAUGCAGAUGGUCUUAAAGUGGGCAUGGCAGGUAUGGUCUCUCACUGGGUGAAGGAGAAUCCUGAGAGCUGCAGCAGAAAGUUCCUCUCAAAACCAUCUAGUGUCCGAGCUGGUGAUGUGCUGAACAAAAAGAACCUGUGGGAGUCUGUAAGAGCCUCCUCCUCGGGGGGGUCAGCAGAGAAGGGCUCCCUUUGUGGUAAAAGAUACACAUUUGUUGUGACAGGUCAUGGGAAAUAUGAGAAGAUGCCAGUCAAUAGCAGUGGUCAUGAGUAACUGAGUGCAACAUCCACAGGACUGAGCCUUGAAGAGCUCUGAGGGAUGAACAGCCACAAAUAAACCAGGCUUUUUCUUUUUUAAAUGGUUGGUCUUAUCGAUGCUCAUUGUAUGGGUCAGAGAUGCUGGAUGCUGCUCUCGUGCACUCCAGGCCUCUGGUAAUCAUUUACUGUGGCAUAUCUGGAUAAUGCAUAUCUUUGGUGCCGUUUACCAGAAAUUGUUUGAUUUGCCACCACAUUACAGUCUUUGUUCAUCACUGUCAUGAAUUUUACAGAAAUGUGUAAAGCUUUAAAUUUUACUUCUACCCAUUUUUUAUUUCUUUAUUGAGUUUUCGUCUUAAUAUUAUUUGAAAUUAUAUAUUUGGUUAAAACUGGAUAGUCCUAGAAAUCUGUCUAUAUUUGAAUCCUGUGCAUGUUCUUUUUCCCUCAAUUAUUUGAAUAAAUGUUGCUGCAAUUAAAUGUUUGGAUUUACAUUUAAAGCUUGUAUAUAGCCCCUUUUUAAUCAGAAUUUUAAAAAUAUUCACAGAAAAAUGUCCAAUUAUGGAAAUGUGGGAUUAUGGUACUUUGGACUGAAUUACAUUUGUGUUGUAGCUGCAUUAUGACCCAUCAAAAAAGCAUACAGUUUAGAGACUCUUCUUCUUUUUAAUUUUCUAUUUAGAAUUUCAAUGGAUAAGUAAUAAAUAUUUCCACUGAUAAGA